AUCGCAUUGAGCACCAUCUGUCUGAUAGUUAAGUAUUGUUGACACCGUUGCUAUGACAAUGAGCAUUGUCUCGUGAGACUGCCCCACAGCACAAUGCGUCUGUUUGCCGUAAACACAUGGACAGUCCCCGUGAGUCGAUGAUUAUUUUGCGCCUCCGGAUCAUUCUCAGAAAUCAAAUGCUAACAGUCAUAUUAGGUGUACGGCCAUAAGUUCCAGAGCGCGCUUGACUACUGGCAAUAUUAGUGCGCUUCCCAAUCUCUACACAGUUUUUAGACCAUCGAUUGUGUGUGUCCCUAAAGUUUCUGAACAGUCCACGUGGUAGGCACGGAGCUUCAGACACAGUAUAUUCGAUGGUUCGUGGAGCUACUCCUAUGGCUGUUGUGGGAGUUGUCAUUAUUAUUGGAAUGUUCGUGACAGGUGGCCAUGGCAACCAGACAGCACUGAUGGACAAGGUGUUUGACCUAUACCACAAAGAGGUGCGCCCAAUCUGCGGAACAGAUGCGCCUAUAGAAGUCAAAAUCGGCAUCGCCAUCAGACAAGUCAUUGAACUUGAUGAACCUAAACAAAUAUUGACACUCAACGCAUGGCUUCGAUUGAACUGGUACGACUGUCAGUUGAAGUGGAACGCUACUGAGUUUGGAGGGAUCUCAUCACUUAGUCUCCCUUUUAGCACAGUUUGGACACCGGAUAUUACCCUAUAUGACAAUGCUGCUGAAGAACUUGUCGGACUCAAGGACUACCGCCCUGUCAUCAACUCAGACGGUUCUGCCUCCUACAACUUCCCAACAAUUAUAACAAGCCUCUGCAAAGUUGACGUCACCUACUUCCCCUUCGACACUCAAACAUGUGCGCUCAAGUUCGGUUCCUGGGCCUACCAUGGACUCCAGAUCAACUCCACCAACAGGGACAGCACUGGCGACAUAUCCAGCUUCAAAGUCAACACCGAGUGGGACCUGGUCGGUGUUCCAGUGAAACGACAUGUAGUGUACUACAAGUGCUGCCCCGAGCCUUACCCUGACGUGACGUUCUACGUCAAUCUACGCCGCAAGCCGCUGUUCUACAUGUUGAACCUACUGUUUCCGUGUAUUUUGAUCACUACCGUGGCACUGCUGGGCUUCAUGUUACCGCCUGACUCCGGGGAAAAGGUGUCACUGGAGAUUACCGUGUUGCUGUCCCUGGCAGUGUUCCUGCUGGUGGUGUCUGAGACGUUACCGCCAACUUCUGAAGACUUCCCUUUGAUAGGAAUCUACUUCUGUCUGGCCAUGAUGUUGGUCACCUUCUCCACGGUCCUUACGGUGAUCGUGCUAAACGUGCACUUUAAAGGUCAACAUGGUAUCGGCGUGCCUCGAUGGGUGAGGAGUCUGUUUCUUGGGUCACUUGCGAGGUUCCUUUGUGUCAAGAAAGAAAUGACUGUCCAUCCAAUCAAGAUAGCGGUCAAUGGUGACCUUGACCUUUUCCUCGAAAGUCAUACGAGAAAAUACCUUCAAAGCUUAUGUUGCGAGGACCAGGAUGAUUUGAACAAGACAAAUCAGAACGGAGUGAAGCAUAUCGACUCUCGAGGCACUGAGGUUCAAGACCUCCAGCAGUCGUCUCCCUUGAAAAAGGUCAUGAAGGAACAACUUGCUGUCCUGAAGAAGAUCAACAGCCGGUACGCCGAGAAGCAUAAAAUUGAAACUAUUGGCGAGGAGUGGAAGAAAGUUGCAAUCGUGAUGGACAGAUUGUUCCUGGUCAUAUUUUUCCUUCUGUCUAUCAUUUGUACCCUGGGGAUUUUGCUAAUGUGUGUUAACAAUGGGUGAAACGGUUUAGUGGUCGGCAGGACAUAUCGCAAACAAUUAUGUCUGUAAUAUUCAUGAAGAGUGCUGGUGAUGUCUGAUCGGGAAUGAGUGGGAUGUUACACCAGAUAAGACACACCUUUGACAACACUGAUAUUCCAAGACGACUGUGCAUUCAC